UUUUUUUUUCUGUCGUUUCUACAACCGAUCGCAAGUGUAAAACUAUCCGUCGUUUGGAAUGGACGCCGAUGCAGCCACCAGCAUGACCGAGGAACCCGAUGUUGACGCCGAGCUGUUACUCGGCGGUGUUUUGCGGACUCUCGCCCAGCACGGGUACUUCGAUCCCGAUACCGAUCAACCGGUCAUCCGAUUUCUACAUCCCGAACAACUUCAGAAAGAGCUGCCCGUGAGGCUCGAGGGCCAAAGUACGAGUCCCGAGGAGAUGCAACGAAUAAUGGAGCAAAUCGUCCGGUACUCCGUGAGAACGUGCAGCCCGCACUUCCACAACCAACUGUACGCGGGCGUCGACGCUUACGGGCUAGCCGGCGCCUGGCUCACCGAGGUCCUCAACACCAGCCAGUACACGUACGAGGUGGCCCCGGUGUUCAGUUUGCUCGAGCGCGAGGUCAUCGAGCGCUCGCUCGAGCUGUUUGGCUACCCGGGGGCGCCCGAGGCCGACGGCAUCCUCUCCCCCGGUGGCAGUCUCUCCAACAUGUACGGCAUCGUCGUGGCCCGGUACGCCAGGUUUCCCCAGAUCAAAGCCGCGGGCACCUCCGGCUUGCCACGGCUCGCCCUCUUCACCAGCGAGGACGGCCACUACUCCAUCACCAAAGGUGCCCACUGGCUCGGCCUUGGCACCGACAACGUCUUCAAGGUGAAGACCGACGCUUUGGGCCGAAUGGACGCAGAGGCGCUGAGGGUGAAGGUAGCGGAGGCUCGGGCCAAGGAUUGCGUGCCAUUUUUCGUGAACGCGACCGCCGGCACGACGGUCCUCGGGGCGUUCGAUCCGCUCGGGGAAAUCGCUGCGGUUUGCCGCGAGGAAAACUUGUGGCUACACGUUGACGCCUGUCUUGGAGGUACCCUGCUGCUGUCGGAUAAGUAUCGACACCGUCUCGAGGGAAUCGAAAAGUCGAAUUCGGUGUCCUGGAAUCCGCACAAGUUGCUGGGCGCGCCCUUUCAGUGCUCGCUGUUCCUCGUCAAGGGGAAAAAUCUGCUGCACGAGGCCAACUGCGCCCAGGCCAAGUACCUCUUUCAGCAGGACAAGUUUUACGACGUCUCCUGGGACACGGGCGACAAGAGCCUCCAGUGCGGCAGGAAGGUGGACGCAAUGAAGUUCUGGCUGAUGUGGAAAGCUCGAGGGGCCGUUGCGCUGGCAAAGUCCGUCGACAGAGCCUUGGAGGCGGCCGAGUACUUUUUGGAGAAGAUCCGCUCUCGGCCGGGAUUCCGACUGGUGCUUCCCAAAUACGAAUGCUCAAACGUGUGCUUUUGGUACGUGCCAAAGAGGAUGCGAGCGCCGGAGUCACGGGAGGACGCGGUUUGGCGACGAAGGCUCCACAGGGUAGCGCCCGCCAUAAAAGAACGGAUGAUAAUGGACGGCAACCUGAUGGUCGGCUACACGCCGAUGCCCCACAAAGACCUCGACAACUUUUUCCGGAUGGUCGUCAACUGCCAGCCUCCGCCGAAUCGGGCCAACAUGGACUACGUCGUCGAGCAGAUCGAGCGCUACGGCGAGGAGCUUCUCUCCGGGGUCGACGACUCGGUCAAUUGACACUAUACUGUAUACACAUACGUUGUGUGCCAAAUUCUCGUUUCGUCCAUGUAUUUGUUUUGUUACUGACGAGUUCCCAUUACCCUAUCAACUUUUUUUUUUUUUUUUCUUUUUUUUUUCUCCCAUCUCAUGAUUGAUCCAACACAUAUAUUAUCGAACGUAAGUUGUGGGUUGGGGAUUUUUAGAAUGAAGGGAGUUGUCGAGCAGCUUUGUAUAAACAAUUUUUAUUUCAUUACGACUAAUAAAACUAUUGAUGGAGAGUAAAAUAUAAAAUAAGUUUAAAAAAACAAUCGGAAGACGUAGUCAUGUAAUCGUAUGUAUAAUAUUUAAGCAGAGCGAGUCAUUGAUCGAUUGGGGGAUUUUUUUUUUUUUUUUUUUUUUUUUUUUUUUUUUUCUUGCGUCCUAAAAAUAUUUGUAACAGCAUUCAAUAAUGCACUUAUUUUGUGUUA